AUGGUCAGCCAAAUCCAAGGCGCCGAACAAAUACGCGAUGAAGGAAACGAGGCGAUGAAGGCGCAGGAAUACGCAAAAGCCGAUGAGCUUUAUACAGAGGCUCUUCAGCUCACAACAGAUGAUGACAAAUCGCUCAGGCCGGUUUUAUAUCGAAAUCGAGCUCUGGCGCGUCUGAAGCGCGACGAUUUCGAAGGAGCACAAUCGGAUUGCACAAGAGCGCUCGAAUUCAACGGCGCCGACGUGAAAGCACUGUUUCGCAGAGCUCUGGCUCGCGAGCAGCUCGGACUUGUAGGUCCAGCUUUCAUGGACGCUAAAGAGGCUUCAAGACUCUCCCCUGGCGACAAAGCGAUUUGUGAAGCACUCCAAAGACUGGUUAAGGCGAACAAUGAGAAAAUCAAGCAAGCAACAUCAAUGGAAAACAGGGUUGAUGAGAUGCAGCGGCUCGCCUUCAAAGGUGAAGCCAAGGAUUCCGAGCAGAAGCUGACGGCAAUGAGCAACUUGUUGGUGUUAUGUAGAGAAUCCGAGUCGGGAGCGACAGGAGUCUGGAGAAAUGGUGAGCUGGUCCCAUUCAUUUUUGGGCUCAUCAACGAUCCGAACGAGAAUGAGGAGGUUGUCGUGACGGCGACGCGCGUUCUCGACGAGACCCUCAAGAAUCAUGCGCGAUGCAUGAGGUUCCUCGCGAUGCACGACGCUGACGGUUUGAGGUCGGUGAGAAUUGUGGUCCGAUUGAUGUGCCGAAGAAGCGCCAAAGAGUUUAUCGACGCCGCUGGAUUGAUUGUUCAGCGAGUCUUCAACGCGAUGGUCAAAAUGGAUCGUCAGAAGGAGAUGAAGCCUGAUCCGGAGGUUGCUGAAGCUAAUAAGCUAUGGAUCGUUCGAGUGCUUCUCGAGCUUCAAGACAUGCUCCACGACACGUGCGUCAGCGCCUACGCGCGCGAGACGGUCAUCGAUUUGUUCCUCAAAAACCUGAUGCAUAUGGACGGCGGAAUCCCGCGCGGUUGGUCGUGGAAGCUCACCGAAGAGCGCGGUCUGUUGGCGAUGCUCGACAUCGCCGCGCAAAUUCCCGAACAGUGCGACUAUCCGGUGUCGUCGGAAACGCGACAGCAUGUGGCGAUUUGCUUGCAACGAUGGUACGAUGAUAUGGUGUUUGACACGAAGCGCGCGAUUUUCAAGGAGAAGCUCGACUCAUAUUUCGGAAGCUUAAUGUCCCAAGUCGGUCAGGAUAAUCGUGAUGGCGAGCGGGCGCGAAUCAAGCUCGCCUCGUUUCUGAUCACCAUGCUCCAGGGACCCGUCGAUCUCGGCAUCGAGCUCGUCACCAAUGACCAAGUCACCGCUGUCAUGCUUCAGAUGGCCUCGUCGGAGAAUCAGCUCAUGCAGCAAAUCGCCGCCGAAUUGAUUGUGUGCACCGUCAGCAAACACGAGCGCGCGACGACGAUGCUCAAGGUCGGCAUUCCGGUGCUUCGCGCUCUUUACGAAUCGCCGGAUGCGAAUGUGAAAGUGCGCGCGCUUGUCGGAUUGUGCAAAAUCGGCGCCGCCGGCGGCGACGACAUCUCAAAAGCGACGAUGCGCGAAGAAGCGGUGCUGAAUCUCGCGAAGACGUGCAAGAAGUUCCUUCUCGAUCCGAACAAGUACUCAGUUGAUAUUCGGCGAUUCGCGUGCGAAGGCCUCUCCUAUUUGUCGCUCGACGCCGACGUCAAAGAAUGGAUCGUCGACGACUCGCUGCUUCUCAAAGCGCUCGUGCUUCUCGCCCAAAAAGCGGGCCCGUUGUGCGUGUACACGUUGGCGACGAUCUACGUGAACUUGUCGAACGCUGUCGAGAAGCCGAAAGUCGACGAGGAGAUGGUGAAGCUCGCGCAGUUCGCGAAGCACCAUGUGCCCGAGACGCAUCCGAAAGACACCGACGAGUUCAUCGAGAAGCGUGUUCGCGCGCUCGUCGAGGAGGGCGCCGUGCCGGCGUGUGUGGCCGUCAGCAAGACGGAGAGCAAGAACGCGUUGGAGCUCAUCGCCAGAGCGUUGCUGGCGUUCGCGGAGUACGAGGACCUACGCGGUCGGAUCAUCAGCGAGGGCGGCAGCAAAUUGUGUCUGAUGCUCACCAAAGAGGCGACGCCCGAAGGCAAAAUCAAAGCGGCUCACGCCAUCGCGAAACUCGGCGCCAAAGCCGAUCCGACGAUCGCGUUUCCCGGCCAACGCGCGUAUGAAGUGGUGAAGCCGCUUUGCGAUCUACUCCAUCCCGACAUUGAAGGCAAAGCGAAUUAUGACGCGCUGUUGACGCUGACGAAUUUGGCGAGCGUCAGCGACUCGAUUCGCGCGCGAAUUCUCAAAGAGAAAGCGGUGCCGAAAAUCGAGGAUUUCUGGUUUAUGACGGACCACGAGCAUUUGCGCGCCGCCGCCGCCGAGCUUCUCCUCAACCUGCUAUUCCAUCCGCAAUUUUUCCAAGAAACUAUCAAACCCGGCACCGAUCGCCUCAAAUUGUGGGUGUUGUACGCGGCCGAGGCCGACGAGCCGCGAUUGUCGAGAACCGCGGCCGCGGCGUUUGCGAUAUUGACCGAAGAUGAUGACGCUUGUCAGCGAGUGCUCGACGAGAUCAAAUCGUGGCCGGAGGUGUUCAAAGAAAUCGCGAUGCACGAAGACGUCGAGACUCAACGACGCGGAUUGAUGGGAAUUGCGAACAUCAUGGUGACGAAUGAGAAGCUGUGCGCCGAAAUUGUCGCGUCGGAGAUCUUUCGGAUUUUGGUGGCCGUCACCAAAUUGGGAUCGAUGAAUCAGGAGAGAGCUGGAGCCACCGAGCAGGCGAAACGCGGUCUCGACGCGGCUGAAAAGUUUGGAUUGAUAAAGGCGACCGAUCGCGAAAUGUACGAACGGGCCAACAAUAUGAGCACGAUACGAGAGGAAUAG